AUGUCCUUAACGACGUCUACGAAUGAAUCAUUUCAGUAUUACCAUCGCCUUGCUGGCAGCACGAGCACAAUCGAGAAUAUUGCGGUGGAUAUCGACUUGGCAAAUAACCUUUGGAGGGUCAUGAAGCAAAAUGAUACUGAUACAGCUCAUAUAUGGAUGUCUCAUGACUCUAAACUGCCCGCACAGGAUUCCGACCCUCUUCAACUCCCCUCAGUGCCCACAUUUUUCCCGAUUCUCGAAAAUGAGAUGUAUUCGGGAACAUUCUCAAGCCUUUCUUCCGAGCAACCACACAUGUUCAUUCCAUACCUCUACCUAGCAAUCCCCAACAUGUAUGCAUUCUUCCACAACUGCAACAUUGAGCCAUUUAUGCGAGUCAUCGACACGUCUAAUCUGGAGCAAGACGAGAACGAGAUGAAACAUGUAUUGGAGAGUAAGUGGGAUAGUAGGAGCGAUGAUAGGGUAUUGAUGCGCACUGCGUCUUUUGGCCACGGUAGACAGGAUUUGAGUGCUUGUGCAAGGGAGGGAACUGUGAUGAGUUCAAUACAAGAGGAGAGACUUGCUGGGGAGGGAAUGAUGAGUGCCAUUCGCAAUUAUAGCAGUAACACGAAUGAGGCUUAA